AUGUUCAAAAAAGACAUCACCCCGGGCGCGAAAACCAAAGUAAAAUCGUCGGCCCAACGCGGCAUCCGCACCAAGAUCCUAGACACGUACCCGCUCCUAACGCCGUACAUCGAAGACAUCCUGCCGAAAAAAGAGCAGCUCGACCUAAUCAAACUCCCCGACCGCGUCUCGCUGUACACGCUGGGGACAACGCCGCUGUUCUUCCAGCACAUGGACGACGCGCUGAUGCCGCACCUAGCACUGGUGCACCGGUAUCCGGGGUGCUUCGCGCGGCUGCGGAUCGAUCGGGGCGCGAUCCGGUUCGUGCUGAGCGGGGCGACGCUGAUGACGCCGGGGCUGACGAGCGCGGGGGGCCGGCUGCCAGGCGAUCCGGAGGAUGCGGAGGGACGGUAUGGGAGAGAGGAUUUGGAGCCCGGGACGGUGGUGGUGAUUGAGGCCGAGGGGAAGGAGAAUGCGUGUAUGGUGGGGGUGCUGAAGGCGGGGACGGCGGAGAUGAAGAAGGUGAAGAAGGGGCAGGCUUGUGAGGCAGGGCAUUAUUUAGGGGAUGGGCUUUGGGCGUUGAAUCUGGGGUGA